UACCAAUCUGUGAUGCUACUAGUUAAAAGUUAUUUGGUUAGGACUUUCAAGGCCAUUACGCCAACACACACCCACCCGUAUGUGGCGUUCCAUAACUUAGUAGUGCAAAAGGUGAACGAGUUCAACAGGCAUGGGAAAUCACCGUGACCAUGUGUGAGUGGCUAUCCUUGGCUAGUAUGAGAAAGGGUGACUAGCAGAAGUAGUGCUUGCAAAGUUGACUCAGUAGUAAUACACAGUGACGGGAGCACAGGUUGUUGUUUUGCGUGAUUCAACUACCAUACCAGGACUUACCAAUACCGAAGAUCGAUUUGUCAUCGACUUGCGUUCUUGUUCCAGUCUCUCUUGAGCUAGAAUCCACCCAGCGUUCGAGAUGGGCCAAAAGUUUUCAAAGUAUUUGCAGGGCUUUAUGGAGUCCAUGUAUCAAAAGCGCAUGAUGGCUAUUAUGGCAAAGUUGAAACCGGAGGAUAUUCGUCUGUUGGAGACCUACGAGUAUGAGGGAGUUCCCCUCGCUGAGGAUACUUUGAAAAGUACCAUGGAUGACCUGAAGACAUUCGAGAUCCGGGAAGACGACGUGUUCAUUGUUACCAUGCCAAAAGCAGGUACCACGUGGACGCAGGAGAUCAUGUCAGCCAUUUUGCACGAUGGCGACAUCAAGAAACUCAACCAGAGGCACACGAUGAUGAGGGUGCCCUUCCUGGAGAUGACACAUGGCGCCACGGUGCAUAAAGAUAUACCACGUGCUCACAAAUUGUUACCCCGGAUGCCGAGGAGUUCUCCCCGCCUCAUAAAGUCCCACCUGCCGGGUCAGCUCCUGCCCCCUCAGGUCUGGGAGAAGAAGAUCAAGAUCGUCUACGUCAUUAGGAACCCCAAGGACGUGGUGGUGUCCACGUUUCACCACGUCGAGAUGUUGACUCCGGCCGACCGACAGCCUAACUUCGACGACAUAUUUGACAGGUUUAUCAAUGGCACGAUGCCGUACGGCAAAUGGUGGGAACACUACCUGUACUUCUGGGAAAGGCGUAACGACGACAACAUUUUAUUUCUUCGCUUUGAGGACAUAAAGAAGGACCUCCGUGGCACCGUUAUGAGAAUCAGCAAGUUCUUGGGCAAGUCGUUGCCGGAUGACGUCAUCGAUGCCAUCACUGAUCACUGCACCUUUGAGAACAUGAAGAAGAACCCCAUGACCAACCCAGACACUCUGCUCCAGAACGCGCAUGGCGGCCAGAUGCCCGAGGGAAAAUCGUUCAUGAGAAAAGGAAAAGUUGGAGGUUGGAAAGCUCAGCUGACUGACGCUCAAAGCGAGGCUAUGGAUGCCCUUUGCAAGGAGAAAUUGGCGGGAACAGGACUUACCUUCGAAUAAUAACAAACUGUCUGUGGCCUUUGAAAUUGUACGUUUUUAAAAAUCAGCAGAUAUAUUGUUCCAUUUGGUAUAUACAUGCGUUUAAAGAAAUACUAAAUUUACAAAUUAGCCUUUUGGACUUGUUAAAAAAUAUCACUUUUCUUAACGUACAGUUAACGUACAGGAAAUAGUUUUCUCAGUAGGUACAUGGGCGUCGCGAG